AUGUAUAAACUAACUGAAGAACAAUGUUGGUAUAUUAUCAUUGAGUGGAAAAAGGGCUCUCUAAAUGUCUCACGAGUCGCACGUUCCUUCAACUGUCACUUUACUACAAUAUACCACGUCAUUAAUUAUUAUCGUCGCCAUAAUGAUGUAAAUUAUACAGAUCGAUAUAAUGCUGGUCGUCCACCUGCACUCGAUUCAACACAAAUUAAACAACUUGAUCGAACUAUACAACAAAAUCGAUCAGCUACUACCGCUGAAUUAUUAUCACUCACACACUUCAACACUACCGAACGUACGAUACGAAAUUAUCGUUUAUCUCUUGGUUAUCGUCCUCGUAAGUCUGUUAUUACAGUCAAAAGCACCAAUAUCAAUGAACAAAAACGAUAUCAAUUUGCUGCAUUGCAUCAUCGUACUCACAUCAAGAAUUAUAUUUUUGAAGAUGAAUGUUAUGUGGGUUUAAGAAAUACACGACAAGUUGUUUGGUGUAAACGAGGAGAACCAACACCCAAGAAGGAAGUUUCAUCUUUGCGAGCACAUGUGAAUUUAAUUGGUUUUAUUUGGUGGACUGGUUAUAUCUUCCAUCGAUUUGAUAAUUGGUUAAAUAGUGAUACAUAUUGUGAUACAGUUAAUGAAGCUUUAUCUGAACAUUUACAUAAAUUUAAUGGAUUUUUAUAUAUUUCUGAUGGAGUUAAAUGGCACAGAAGUACUAAAUUCAAGAAAUUGUGUGACCAAUAUAAUAUUGAAUUAUGUGAGUGGCCAGGUUACAGUCCCGAUUUUAAUGCUAUUGAACUGGUCUGGAACAUUAUCAAACAAAAAAUUAAAAACAAAAAUCCUAAAUCACAACGUGAACUAGAAAAUGCUGUCGAUGAAGUUUUAAAUGGUUUAUCAUUAAGUGUUAUUCAAGCAUGUAUUAAAAAGACUCAAAAAGUAUAUCAACAGUUUGUAUCUUCAUAUUAG